AUGAAUUUCUCAAAUUAUCCUCAAAUCAAUACAAUAUUAUUUAUAAUAUUUAUUCUAAUUCUUUGUUUUCCCCAUUCCAUAGCGGAUGUUAUCUACACUGAAUCUAACCAAACAGAGGCAUCACAACUCGAAACCUACAAAGACCGAACUAUUUUAGUUCGUGUUAUCAAGCAACUUGGCAACGGGUGCCGAGAGCCAGAAUUAAGGUUGAGGAUUAUAUAUGAAAAUGGCACAGUAUCACCAUUAAAUAUUAGUCAAGAAGAAUUAGGCAUACCCGAGUGGAAUUUUUGCAGGGUUGAAAUGGGAUAUCACAGGAUUAAAGGGAGCUAUGCUUUAAGGGUAUACAGCUGGAUUCCCAAUUAUGUACUGUUAACGUACAUGAAUGGGACAAGUUAUAACGAUCAAGAAAAUAUGUCUGUGUUUGCCAAAUUAAUCUCCUGGUCUGGUAAAGUUAUAGGUGAUGAAUAUGUUGGGCCAACUUACAUCGUCAAUGGAAUAAUUCAAUACCCAAUCGAAACACAUUUCGAUCGAGUGCAACCUGAAAGAGGAUUUUUCUAUGCUGACUUCUUAA